AUGGCCACGAUGCCCGAGUUCGACACCGAUACUGCCGCCGGCGCCCUCGACGACGAACAUCUCUCGCAUUUCCGGCUCGCUGUCGGCAAUGUCCUCGCGACGGCAUCGGCGCAAGAUGCAUUCGCUCAGAUAUUCGACGGGCUGCCGACGAUCCAAACGUGGGAGACAUUCCUGCCGCCCAUGAGGUCACACCCCAUAUACGAACUCAACCACAGCACAACCUGCGAAGCCGCCUUGGAGAAGAUUGAGGAGUUCGGGCGCACGUUCGAUGCCGGCCGCCAGCUGCAGUUCCGGCGCCAGCUCCUGCACGCGUUCAACGCCGUCGAAGUCGGAAGCCCCGAGUUCGAUCUGCGCCUUGUCGAAAUGGCGGCCGUCGCCUGCCAUUCCAUCGCCGCCCACCUGUUCAAAAUGGACGCCGGCGUCCACAGGCGCAAGGUACACAUGGACUGGUUCGCGUCCCAGAUGCAAAUUCAGUUGCUUAGCCAGCGAUAUUCUUACUCGGUCCCCUUGCCAAUAACCCCAUUCCACCACCGCGCCUAUACAGCCUUCGAACAGUACCCUGACGGCGAAGCGGAUAUUGUUGGAUAUUGGGCAGAAUGUAUGAUUUUCGGCGGCGUUGUGGUUUUCGAUCGGGGCAAAUCCGACAGUGAAUGCAACGCUGUUUAUUUCCACGACGGCCGCGACGGGGGACCAUUCACACUAUACCCGCCAACCGACGACCAACUACGCGCCCUUUUGGCCUUCCUCAAAUCGCCCCCGGGGCAGGACAACCCACUGCCCAUUCUGGCUUCGGAUCUUAAUCGGUACAGAUGGGACCCGUACUAUGCCAUGAAGGACCACCACAUCUUCCGCGACCGUUACGAAAGGUAUAAUACUGAAGGCCACAAGAGCACAUGGAGGUGGGGCUUCAGGCAUUGGCCCGAACUGUACGACCAGCAGGUUCUUUUGCAGGCGGCUUUGCAUCACGUUAAAGACCAGCCCGGUCCGGACGAGGAUGAGGUUAAGGCGGCGGAGGAGGGGUUAAAAAAGAUCACACCGACGUCGCCCGUCUGGCACAACCGGCAGGGGCAGACCCAUGAGGGGCAGCAGGCAGCAGAUAGGCGGCUUAUAGAGGCUUCCCUUGAUAGGCACAUUGGGGUCGCCAGCGGGGGGACGGGCCACCAGUAGCAAUACUGUGUUGAGAUUCGUGGCGCUCAGCGGAAGGGCUGCGCCGGGCGUGUGUAACGUGCUGUGCACAGGAAGGGGUUCUCGCUGGGAGAUCUCAGGGGUCCAGGUCACUCAGUAGCCUAGAGAAAGCGUGCGGGGCAGUGGUGUAUUCAGCAGAAGGUGCCUGGCAGCACUGAACAGGAAAAACAAAAAACGGUUGCUUGCCCUCCAGACCCCUUGUGUCAUGGCGUGGCGCGAGGUCUGGCUGACUCAGCCAUGCACGUGCCCCACAGCCUGGCAUUCAAGUGCGGGCACGCGCACACGCGUCUUAUAGAUUCCCUCUUUCCUCUUCAUCUUCAAUUCUAAAGUCUACUUGGUAGAUUACACGGUUCCAUUGUGCCGGUCCGUGACACCUUAACAGGGAGUCUUGCGGGCCCUAGUUA